CAAGUUUUAUUUUUUAGAAAAAUCUUAAAUCAUCGCGUUAAAAUUGUUAUAAAUUAAGUAAUUAUACUGUAGAUAUAGUUAGUUAGUGUUUGAACAUUAAUUUAGUAGUUAAUUUAAAAGUUAAAACGGGAUAAUACGUUAGUAGUGAAUUAGAAAUACUAAGGACUUUUCUAUUCAGGAGCUAUGAGCUUAAGCCCAGAUGUACCUCAGGUACGGCUCUUGAAUAUUCAAGUCUAUAUUCACGGAUCCUGGCCGGAUAGCCCUGGCAGCUAAGGCCAUUCAAAUGAAGAGAAGAAGAAGACUCCUUCCUCUUCUUCCUUUCAUAUAUGUUCAAAGUUCCAAAUUUCAAACCUAACCCUAUUUUCUAAGUUCCUGUCGCCCUGUUUAUGUGUUAAAUUAUUUUUGAUAAACAAAUGGAAGUAAAACAAGAAGUUAGUGAUGAGACAUAUCAAGCAGAUAUAUAUUGUAAUGCUGUUGAUGGACCUUCGGAUAUUAAUAAAGUUGAAAUUAAAGAGGAAUCCAAAACAGAGAGUGAAUACAGUGCAUUUGAUUUAGACUUAAAAGAAUUCCCCAUAAAGACUGAAAUAGAACAAGAGGAACUUACGUCAUUUAAAGAAGAAGAAUUAAAUGGUUUUCCCCCAGAUGAGAACACAUUGGAAAGUAUGAAAACAAUUCCCGUACUUACAUGUAAUAAAGAACAAGAUAUUAGUCAACCCGUUGAAGAAAAUACAUUAAAAUGUGAAAUUUGUUUUAAGCAGUUCGCCAGAAUAUAUGAUUUAAAAACACAUUUGAGACUGCACACUGGAGAAAGGCCUUACAAGUGUGAGGUUUGCUUUAAGUCGUUUACUAGAUCAAAUUCCUUAAAAAGGCAUAUAAGAUCGCACAAUGGGGAAAAACCAUUUAAGUGUGAAAUUUGUUUUAAGCAGUUCAUUCGUGCACCGAAUUUGGAAAGACAUUUGAGAGUGCACACUGGAGAAAAACCUCACAAGUGUGAAAUUUGUUUUAAGCAAUUUAGUGAAGCAUAUGCUUUAAAAAUACAUUUGAGAGUGCACACUGAAGGAAAGCCUUAUCCGUGUAAAAUUUGUUUUAAGCAGUUCAUUCGUGCAUCGCAUUUGAAAAUACAUUUGAGAUCGCACACUGGAGAAAAACCUUACCAGUGUCAAAUUUGUCUUAAGCAAUUUGUUCAAAGCUCAAAAUUAAAAAAUCAUUUGAGACUGCACACUGGAGAAACGCCUUACAAGUGUGUAAUUUGCUUUAAGCCGUUUACUUCAGCAAAUACCUUGAAAAAGCAUAUGAUAUUGCACACUACACCUGAAGGCUUCAAGUGUGAACUUUGUUUUAAGCGGUAUUCGACAGAAAACAAUUUAAAAGAACAUUUGAGACGGCACACUGGAGAAACGCCUAAGUGUGAGAUUUGUUUCAAGCUGUUUGCUACAGCAGGCACUUUGAAAAGACAUAUUAUGAGACUGCACACUGGAAAAACGCCUUAGGCUGCACCUACAUUGGAUCCGUAUUUCUCAGAUCCGAUCCGAUAUCGGCCGACGUCGGACUGAGUAGCUGGUUUCAUUACGAUCAGGCUUCCUACUGCAGUGUAGGCACUACGCUUUAAUACCUUGAGUUUGUUUUUCAAACUGACGUCGGAUCCAAUGUAGGUGCAGCCUUAAGCCGGCUUUACAUUUACGAGUACUCGAAUCCGAGUUACGAGUAGAACUACGAACGUUUACAUUGAAUACGAGCGAUUCUUUUUACUUUUUCUUCACUUUAUAUGUGGAAAUAUUCAUUAUAUCUGCAAUAGCCUUAAAUGCAUUAUAUGAUGGUUGUUGGGGUAGCAACCUCUACAAGGGGGUUGAUUGACUGGAAGACACUAAUUACUCGUAGAUAUAUAUUUAUUUAUUCACUAAGUAACAACAGUAACGAGUACUCAGCUGGUAUGUGAUGUUAGUUGCGUCGUCUGAACAUUACCAAAAUCUUUCUUUGAAUAUUCUCCCUCAUUCUUUUCGUAAGUAUAACUAAUGUGUAUUUGUUAUGAUUUCAUAUUUACUUAACACGACCGUGAAUUAUAACAACAGCUUUUCUGUUUACUUUGCAGUUUUCUGUGCGUGUCCCAGUUACACAGAUAUUCAAUGCCACAUACUUAAUAUAAUCAAAAUAUUGAGUAAUAAUGUUAUUAGGAUUUCAAAUUUAAACUGAUAAUAUAUUAUUUGCUAAUGAAUUAAAUAACUCUUAUUUUCUGGAUGAUUAUUUAAGUCCCUUUACAAUUAUUUAUUUUGUUGAUAUCCCUUGAGUUUACAUUCCACGAACAUUUAAAUGAUCGGUAAAAAUCAAUAAACUGUCGCAUCUGUUCUCCAGAAAAUCUAAGUUCCGCCAUUUUCUAUUUGUAAAUUACAGGCGCUAUCGUACUAACUCGUACUGCUACUCGAUUUGCGUUCAACUUCGAUCCGAAGUCGUACACUUAUGUCUACAGCAUGACCCACUACUUUUUGCUGUAUAAUUUGAGUUGCCUAUAUGAACUUGAAUCGGUGAAAUUGGCCUACAAAUAAUGAAGUUUUGCUAUAUUGCCCACUUUAAAAAUUCGCAUUGUAAGGCAUGAAUAAUCAAAUAUGUAGUAACUUUUUUGUAGAUGUAUUUAAAAAUGAAACAGAAAAGUUAUUACUAUAAAGAGUGAUACGUACCUAUAACUGUGGCUUUGCUUGACUAAAAUAAAAACGAUUAGAUAUAAAAAAAUCACAAAUUUUAUUAAAUAUUGGAAAGUAUCAUAAAUACAAAUAUCAAUGUUGAAAAGCAUUUAAAUGCCAAGUUUUUGGGUAAAUUUUUUUCUCAACCAUUCAUCUUUUUUGCACAUUAGACUUAAGAGUAUUUAAAUACCAAGUAGAGUAUUUAAAUACUAACUAUAAAUAAGUACUUUGUAUUUAAAUACUCUAAAGUCUAAAGUAUUUAAAUUCCUACAAAAAAUUAUUUAAAUUUUGAGAUACUGUCCAUCAACUCUGAUACCAAGUUAAAAAAAUGAAAUGUGCAAAAAGGAUGAAAAAAAUUUACCCAAAAACUUGGGUACAUUUUUAGUAUUUAAAUACUUGGUAUUUACAUAGUUUUCACCAUUGGUAUUUCUAUUUAAGAUACUUUCCCAAAAAUAAAAUUUGUGAUUUUUUAUGUUUAAUCGUUGUUUUAAGUCAAGCAUAGCCACAGUUAUAGGUACAGAUCACUCUUUAUAAUAAAAUCUACUCAGUUUCACUUUUAAUCACAUCUACAAAAAGGUACUACAUAUGUGAUUCAUUCAUGCCUUAAAAAGUGAAUUUUUAAAGUGGUUAAUACAUAUAGCAAAACUUUAUUAUUUUACAGGCCCAUUUCGCCGAUUUAAGUUCCUAUAGGCAACCCAAAUUACACGGCACAAAGUAGUGGGUCAGGCUGUAGUCGUUUUUUAUUUUUAUACGUCCAUGGGCUGUAGACAUAAGUUACUCGUAUGGUUAGUUAUUCUGUGCUCGUAUCCUGAGUGACAAGAGGUGACGAGCACAGUAGCUCCUAUCCGCGUACUCGUCAGGGCCGUGCCGUGCUAUGAUGCGGCGAGGCAGUCGCAUCAGGCGGCAUCACCAGGGGGGCGGCAUAAUCAGUAAAAUAAAAGAAAUUGUCAGAUUGUGUAAAAAAGUGUUGUCAGAAACUAUAGAAAAAAAUAAAAGUUAGAGACAAUAUGGCUAAUGACCAAAUAAAAAUUUAAUGUAAUUGAAGAAAAUUUUGAUAUAAGUUCCGAAUUUCCAGCUGAAAAUAAAAUUAGAGCCAGGACAUUGUUUAUACAGGGUGUCCAGAAACUCUACCGACAAACGAAGACAGGAGAUUCCUCAGAUAAUUUUAAGAUAAUUUAACCGAUUUAAAGCACUCGACAAGUCGAUAGGAUACACCGUUUACUAGAAAAAUCGAUUUGAAAAUUUUUCGUUUUUUGUAUAUCAAAAAAAAUUAAAAAAAAAACUACUUAGAAAAACGAAAACGGGUACGUUUAUUUAUAUUCCAGAGAUGAAUCGAUUUCAUUAAUGGCGAAUUUCUAGUACCGGUCAUAUGCGUCCGUUUUGGGUAGGUCAACGGUUAUUUUAUCGCAUAACUUUUUGUCUUUAAUUUUUAAGAAUUUUUUUUAAGAAUUGACAUUAGAUUAUUAAAUUAUGAGGUAUUCUAGUACUAAAAGGUACUCUUGCUUUAAGUUGGUAAAUACACCGUUUUUUUUGAAAAUUGUUUUAAAUUUUUUUUCAAAUUCACGAAACGAAAAAUUUUCAAAUCGAUUUUUCUAGAAAACGGUGUGUCCUACCGACUUAAAACACGACUACCUUUUUGUACUAGAAUACAUCACAAUUUAAUAAUCCAGUAUGAAAAAUGCUUAAUACUUAAAGACAAAAAAGUUAUGCGAUAAAAUAACCGUUGCCCCACCCAAAAACAACGCCUAUGACUGGUACUAGAAAUUCACAAUGGAUGAAAUCGAUUUAUCUCUAGAAGAUAAAUAUGUGUACCAAUUUUCGUUUUUCUAACUGGAAGAGUUCUGGAGGUAUUUAAGAAAAACUAAUUACAAGACGCCAUCUUCAAAGAGCUCUAGCUCCCUUAGGAAACAUUUUCGGACUAGAUGAAUUUGGUUAAAUUGCCUUAAAAUUAUCUGAGGAAUUUCCUGUCUUCGUUUGUCGGUAGAGUUUCUGGACACCCUGUAUAGGGAAAAAAAUCCUAUAUAUAUCCCUAUAUUGUUUAUAUAUCCCUAUAUAAACAAUGGCCAGGAGAAAAAAGCGUUAACUUGGGUACGAAAAAUAUGUGGAGGAGCUUUUAACAAAUGAAGCUAAAUUUAAAAUAAAUUUGUUCAUCUAUAUUUUAUACAUUGCCAUUAAUUCUUUGAUUGGUCGAUUUUCGAUUCUAGAAACUCAUAAUAAAAAUUUUAAAUUUUUAUAUGAUAUUUUUAAAUUGAGGGAAAUAAAUGCUAAAACACUAGAAAAAUAUUGUAUGAAUCUUGAUUCAAUACUUUCAAUAGAAAAAGAAAAAAAAUCUGAUGAUAUCAUGGACGUAUAAAUAAAGAGGAUUUAUUUUAUUUAUACGUCCAUGGAUGAUAUAAUGAUCUUCUAACCGAAUUACGUAAUAUAUUUCAAAUGAUACCAUACUACAUGAAACCUUUAUAUAGGUUUUGCACUAUUUGUGCCCAAAUGACCAAAUGCAGUUGUAAACUAAGAAUUUUAUUAACACUCCCUGUCUCGGUAGCUAGUGUGGAAAGAAAUUUUUCAAAAUUAAAAACUAUUUACGAAGCUCCAUAACACAAACAAAACUAAAAAAUUUAGCAUUUAUUUCAAUAUAGUUUUCACUAGUUGCUACAACUGUCUCUCCCAACUAGACUACACCAAUCUGAUUGACGAGUUUGCCAAAAUUAAAGUCAGAAGGGUAACAUUAUAAUUUUUCUAAAUGUUACUUAAGAGCCUAGGCGCAAAAUUUGCUUGCAAUGCUUUUUAAAUGCAUUCACUUUUUUUUUUUCGAAUCCUAAAAAAACUAACAAAUAUUUUUGAAAAAUUUAAACGCAGAUUGAAAGAUUACAUUAUUACCGAGGGCCGAAAGUCCCUUAGAAUAAACAAAAGGUUUUUUUAAUAAGAUAUUUGUAAUUAAAUUUACACUCAAUUUUCUCUUUUUUUACCCUGUAACCAGAGGCGGCUCUAGCCCAUGUAGCGCCCGUGUGCAGUCAAUGCCCUGGCGCCCUUUGGUAGACGCGCAGUCAAAAUGGAAUACUCGAAUAAGUACCUACCUUUUUUCCUCACCUUUAAAGAGGGAGGGUCUGGAAUCCUUAUCUCAGACAUGGGAAGACAUCUCAGUCCAGAAGGCCGCCUGAGUGACCUUAGUGCAGGAUUCAUUUUUACUUUAGGGUAGAGGUACUUUAAAACGCCCUCUCGUCGCCGAGGCUAUGCCGAAUGCCUACCUGCCAAACCAGACCAUCCUCUGUCAUCCAGCGCUCCGAAAGAGGAAUGGCCGCUGCAAGGUCGACAUCACUUCCGAAGCACUUUACCUUCAUUACACUGUCACAAAAUUUACACCUGCCUCUCUUUCCAUUAUGUUCCUUUCUACUAUCCAUCUGUUGCACUCUAGCAUCGUAUGUGUAACAGUGUCCUGGUGUCUGCAGUAUAGGUAUUCAUCAGUGUCAGCCUUUCUGAACCUAGAGAGGUAGGCUCUAAAACACCCGUGUCCUGUGAGCACCUGCGUUAGGAAAUAAUCCAGGCGCCUGUGACUACAGUCCAUUCAAUAUUUUGGGUUCGGGAGCAGCAUAUUUGUCCACUGUGCCACAUGCUCCGUGUUGUUCAAUUCUUCUUGCCAUCUUUCAAUUGUCCUUUCUCUUUCCUGUCUUCUCUCGGCCAUAGUGAGUUCUAGGUCUCUUCUCCCAUACAGUUCUUUUCAUUCCAGACUGGUUCCGCGUAGAGGACGAUCGACUGCACAACGCCGUGCAAGGCCCUACUCCUUUCGGAUUUGGGUCCCCCAAUGUUGGGCAUCACCCUCCCCAACGCAGCCGCACUGUUUGCAGCCUUCUGGGUCACCACACGCACGUGCUCCCUCCACUUUCCGUUCUGGUCCAACGUCACUCCUAGGUAUUUUAAGUGUUUCUUGGGUAUUAGACACGCCCCUGCACAUUGUAGUUCCACACUUUGCCUGUUUCUUUUCCCUGUCAGAAUGAUGGCUUCGGUCUUCUCUGCUGCAAGUUUCAGUGCUUACUGUAUCAUCCAUUUCUUCACAACGCCGCCUGCGUUCCGUACCCGCUAUUUAAGAUCUGAAACCCCGCCACUACAAGCGAGGUCGUCCGCGAAUGCGAAGGAAAAUCGUACCCUCUCCAUAUCCACAGUUCAUCAUCCCGUCAUAUGCCAGGUUCCAUAGCGUCGGGCCCAAGACAGAUCCUUUCUCCACCAUAAUUCUUCUCUCAGAAAGAUAGUCCGCUACCACGUUCAUCAGGUAUCCAGGACAUUCUCACUUCUCCAUUACCUUCAUUACCUCGUUCCAUUGCUGCGCAUUGAAUGCAUUUCUAACAUCGAACAACAACAGUGUUGUUUCUAACAUCGAACACCCAACGGUGUUCAUCCCCUCUAUUGUGCAAAGUGUCGAAUAGACUCAACAUGCUUUUCCCUUUACAAAAACCAAAUUGCCUCUGGAAUAAGCCUCCCGACCUCUCAAUCUUGCCAUUGAUACGUCCCCGAAACAUUAUUUCAUGGCGCAUAAGCGCCAUAACAGACGGGCGACUCUGGCCGGCCACUCUGUGGAUCCACAAAAGUAGUUUCCGAUGAUUGACCGUGGGUUCUUAUGUGGAGUGGACGUUGAAUCACAGACGAGCGACUGUGGCCGGCCACAGAAGAACCGGCCAUAAGAACCCACGGUAAACUACUUUUGUUGAUCCACAGAGUGGCCGGCCACAGUCGCCCGUCUGUUAUGGCGCUAAGUGCCAAUGUAAUUUUUCAUUAAUCGUUUUAAAGCAUAUUUUAUGUUGAAACAAAGUAAACGACCCGCUCUUUGGCGCUCGGCGCCCCCCAACAUCCCGGCGCCCGUGUGCACCGCACACCCUGCACAAUAGGUAAAGCCGCCUCUGCCUGUAACUUAUUCAAAUUAACUUUAUAGAGAUUUUCAGGGACGUUCGGGCCUCUGUAAUAAUGUAAUCUUUUAGGCUGUAUUUAAAUUUUUCAAAAAUACUAAUUAGUUUUUUCAGGAUUCGAAAAAAAUGAAUGCAUUUAAAAAGCAUUGCUAACAAAUUUUGCGCCUACCCACUUAAUGUAGUGUUAAUACAUAUUUCAUUUAAUUUAAAGUAUGUUUUGUUUUAAAAAUAGAAGUUUUCGUUCAUUUUGCGUAAUAUCUUUUAAUAAAAAUAAAAGUUAGUAGGUAAGUUUCAAUAAUAUUUAAGGGGCGGCAUUUCGAAGACUUGCAUCAUAUUGAAAAGAUAUACCACACAGCUCUGGUACUCGUAUAAUGUAAAGUCGACUUUACAAGUGUGAAAUUUAUUUCAUGCGAUUAGUCAAACAAGAAGUUUAAAAAAAUAUUUGAGAGUGCACAAUGGAGAAUAAUUUAAACUGUGCAAUUUGUAUUAAUUUGUUUUUAAAUUACGUAAGUAGGUAAUAUGAAACACUUGUUUUUAAGCAGUUUUCUCAAAAAGAUCAAACAAACUGCAAAGAAAUUUGUUUUAAAAGGUUUUUCCUUAAUAGGACUUUUCAACGAUUCUCAUUUGUUUUAAGCUUCUGUCAUAUGUCGUAUAAUCCGUGUAUAAUAUUAAUACACGACAUAUGACGGAAACUCGAAACAAAAAAUGAGAAGCGUUGAAAAGUCUUAUUGUCUUAUUAUUGUUAAAUGUGUUCUCUUGUUUUUUAAAGCAGGUUACAAUGGAAAAAACUAAAAAGUCUUUAUCAAAUAAUGUCAUCGAUUAUUUAACUCAAAGUUUUAUUUGUAUCGAAUGAAAAAUUGCUUCGAAAAAUGUUCAAAAGCUUAUAAGUUAUAAAAAAUAUAUAAAUUUCAACAAUAAACGCAUUUCAUUAG